CCAUUUUACCGUUGGCUAAAUGUGAAAAACCCUAAAUUGUUCAAUCUUUGCGAUCUAUACCCAUUUCUUGAAUUUCUGGUUUGAAUCACAAAGUUUCGAUCUUGAAACUCCGACAAAAAUGGCGGCUUUAGCACCAGGGAUCCUUCAAAAGCUACUCGACGGUAUGAAAACCGGAGUUAAACCGACCGGAGAACACAGAAGCUCGUUAUUACAGGUCACGGAUAUUGUCCCCGUCGAUCUUGACGAGAAGAAUCUAUUACCCAAACAAGGCUUCUUCAUUAAAGUCUCUGAUUCUUCUCAUUCGAUCUACGUUAGCCUUCCUUCGGAUCAAGACGAUGUAGUUCUCAGCAACAAAAUGCAGUUGGGUCAGUUUAUCUACGUUGAUCGGCUCGAUCCUGGGACGCCUGUUCCGAUAAUCAAAGGCGCAAGGCCGAUUCCGGGACGGCAUCCUCUGCUCGGAACUCCUGAGCCGUUGAUGAGUACUAGAGGGAAGGUUGAGAAAGAGUCUGGUACGAGACCGAGACGUGGUUCUUGGGGUCAAAAUGGUGACGUUUCGUCUCCGUUUGUGUUAAAGCCUGCGCCUUUGGAUUUUGAUCAGUGUACGCCGGCGAAACAUAGGCUUGCAACGGGGAGAUUCACAGCGGCGUCUCCGGUGGUUAUGACAAGAGGGAGAUCACCAGGUGGAGUUAGGUCCUCUUAUGGUGGAGGGCUUUUGUCGAAAAUGACGGAUCUUAAAGGAGAGAGUCCUGCUGUAAUGAUGAGGAAGAGCUGUGUUGUUCCGCCAACUUCAAAGUUUCCGAGAAGCAGAAGUGUUUGCGACAGAGAAAUGUUGGCCAAGAACUCUGUUUCUUCUGCUCUGCUUAGUCCUUUUAAAUCCUCUGCAAAGAAAAGCGAUUCACCACCUCCGAGUAUGCGUACUAGAAGAGCAACUGCAGCUGCUUUGCUGGAAGAUGAGAGAGAGGCUCCGAAAACUACCUCUAAGAUGCUUUCUCCAAAGUACAGUAAGUUGGAAAAACCAGAGAAGGGUUUGAGUCUACCAGGAAGACUUAGCACACUCAGCAAGGAAGCUAUGCAGCAGCGAGAGACGGCUCAGAAGAUAGCUCUUCAGGCAUUGAGAGAAGCUACAGCCACAGAAACAGUCGUUCGUCAUCUCAAAACAUUUGCCAAUCUAAGCAAAUCAGCAAAAGCUGAUUGUCCAGCUGCGUGCUUCGACAAGUUCUUGGAGUUUCACAGCCAGAUAUCUGAAACCAUGAAUGAAAUUGCGUCCAAUGAAGCAAAUGCUUCAUCUGCUACAACAGAGAACAAAUCCGAGAAUGGAUCGUCGUUGAUACUACACGAAAUCCAGCAUAACUCUAAUGAUCAGGAGAAAACCACAGCAAAGAGAAGAAUUGUUUUAAAGCAGCAGCAAAAUCACAAGCAGUUGAGAUCAAGCGAUGAGAACAAGAACCCAGCAGCUCCUUCUUCCGGGUUAGGAAACACGGCUAGGUUGGUUAAAGAGGUAGAGAAAGAAGCUGCAAACUGGUUCAUGGAGUUUAUAGAAAAAGCUUUGGAGAAAGGGAUGAAGAAGUGUAAAGGCUCAGGUGAUGCAGAUGUUAAGAAGGUUCCACAGUCUCUGAUUCUCAAAGUUGUAAACUGGGUGGAAGCAGAACAGUCUGCUGAUAACACGAAACGACCAGUUCAUCCAAAGGCAUCACAAAUCACUAGAAAGCUCAGAAUCAAACUGAAGAAUCCUUGAACCAUAAAAUAUCUAGAUUUUUAUGUUGUUGCCACUUCUACUCCUACUGUGAAAAGGCUCUCAGUUUCCACUGCUUACUUAUAGAGAGAUCAUUCGUGAAUUCUAUUGUAUUAGUCAAGUUCAUAUACACAUCAAUGAAACUAAUAAGAGUUUGGUUUUUAUAAAUCA